AUGGUAUCUCCCAAGGCGUCUGACCCAGUACUGACUGAUGACAAUAAGAAAAGCAGUACUGAGCAAUCCCCACCUGUGUGGGCUUGGCAGCUGAAGAAGGAGCUAGAUUCGUUGACGGAGUCGAUUGCAGGUAUUAAGUCACAGCUUGAGUCCAACGCUGAUCACAAGACCAGACAUGAUGCAAAUGGUACUACUGGUGCUACUGGCGAUGACAGCAAGGAUGGUCCUGCUAAUACAGUGCAUGGUAUUGUUGAGGAGGUCAAACAACAGCUCGAUAGCACUAAAUCUGACCGAAGUGCCAAAUCGUCGUUGGUGAUAGAGCCUUUGGUUAUCAUGAAGAUUAGCAAACAAGCUAAGUCUGCUGGUGUUAUAGAGGGAGGCCGAUUCUCUGGUGUGACUGAUAAGAGGGGUUACAUGAUUUUCAAGAAGACUAUUAUGAAUCAGCCAGAGAUACAAUUUUCUGGCACGGGGGAGCUGUCAAGUGCUUACCAAUACUUCUAUAUCAUCAAUAAUGUAUCUACUCCCCUACAACAACUGAUUAAUGAGCAAUGCCAUGUGAAGGGGAACACUUUGUUCAGUCAACGGGUUGUUACUGCAUGGCGAGUUUUACGACUAUAUAGUGAUCUCGGUAGCGAAAUGGAGCUCCACCGAAAAUGGGAGAAUCUGAAGUGUGAUGGUCCUACUACUUUGGAAGUUUACAUCGCCGCCAUUCAGACCAUGAAAGACCAGAUCGGUGAAGUUCGCGAAUGUCCUCUUACAGACAGUGAGCUACGAGCUCGGCUAUACUCAGGUUUGCCAACUGAGGCUCGUCUCUAUCUCGAUAGAAUGCCGCUGACUUCCGUAUCAACUAUGGAGAGUAUGAUUUCUGAAACUAGAAGGUGGGCUCAGUUACGAGUUCGCUAUGGUGCUUCGUUGGUCGGAACUCCCACUACAGCGACGAGUAAUCCUACUAUUUCCACGACUCGUGGUGCGUCCUCUGCUAAGGUCAAGAGUGCUACUCCUAGUAAGAAGGACAAGAAGAAGACCGACAAGGAAGCUAAUGUCAUUGAGUUCUCCACGAGUCCAGAUGCUAAACGGGUUUUCCUCUCUGGUGUUCCGCUAGCUUGGAAUUAUCAGGAUGUAAAAGAUUUUGUGUCUCGACUGUUAGGGCAUGAUACUGAUGUGUAUGUGAGACUUCUACCCCGUAGGGGUUUUGUCACAGUGAAGUUCAAUGACCAUAAACCAGCGCAAGCAUUCAUUGAAGCUUCUAAUGGUGCUGAUAUUGGUGGCAAAAGAAUAAGGGCUCGUUUUGACAAGUUCGAAUCCCAAGAUGCUACUAUUAAUCCUACAACUACUGCUGCUCCUACAACGGAGGGUAACGCUGUGCAGGUGCCGUAUGAUGAAGUUUUCUUUCAAGGAGGAAGUCAACCUUGUGAAGAAGAAGAAGGUGAGAGCCCUGAUUGUCUUAUUGCUGAGUUUCAUGAUGGCAGCUGUGAACAACCUGUCCCAACAGCCACUGUCAGUGACUCAUUUCAGGAUCACUCAGCCUGCAUGGUAUCAAUGGUAGAGUGCAAUGAAGGAUCAUCGGAUGUCCAAGUUUUGGAGAAGGCUUCCAAUGGCUUGCCUCUGAUACCGGUAUGGUUCGAAGGUGAUGAACAUCGAUAUUAUGCCCUACUGGAUUCUGGUGCCACCGACGUCUUUAUUACAAGAAGGGUUUUUAACAGCAUGAAAGAGAGUAUCCCUGAGCUCAGUACCACUACUACUGCUACUUCAAGCAUGUUGACUAUGAUUAAUGGUACGUCGUGUGCGAUUGUUGACAAGGUGAUUGGUGUUAAGAUUCACCUAGCUAGUCAUCAAGUCCGACAGUGCGAUUGCUAUGUCAUUGAACAUAGCAAAUAUGAUGUCAUCGUACCGAAAAGUCUUCUGGGUCCAUGCACCUGGGUGGUAUCGGCCGAGUCUCACUGCCCAGACCGUAUAAUAUUCCGUCCUAUGGGCAUAUUUGAUGAUGAUUCGUGUAUACCCGAUCGAUGGCUUCAGGAUAACAGUCUCGCUAUCCAGUGCAACCACGCUGAAGUUGUAGCAGAUCGCUUGUCUGUUUCUAUCCCAUGGAAAAGCUCUGCGAGACCACGGUAUAACUUCAAGGACGUGUGGGCCAGAGAUCGCAAGGUGUUGACUCGUUUGAAGCAUGACCCUGUGAAAUAUGAGGCGUAUUUAAGUGCUGUACAUGAACUAUUGGAAUCAGGCGUUGUUGUUGAAAAACCUCCUGAUCAGUCUCCGCACGACUUCGCUAAGUUCUAUACGGCUGUGGUUCCAGUGUUUAAUCUCAACCGGACAAGCACCAAAUGCCGGCUCUGUUUGGACGCCAGACCACUUAAUACUUAUACUACUACCACUGGUGAUGGCACGGGCAGUACGUCUAUGGACUUAUUUGGCACGCUUAUGUUGUGGAGAAGCUUUGAGAGAGCUUCAUGUGACGAUCUUUCUAAGGCGUUCUGGCAAGUCCUGGUUCGCGGAGGAAAGGUCGAUGACGAGGACACCGAUUACCUCGCACUGGUAGUGGCUGGUCAUUUGGUUAAGUUUUCUCGAGUACCGUUUGGAACUAAUUGGUCACCAUGGGCAUUGGGCAGCAGCUUGGAGAAAAUUUUCUCCUCCCUGCCUGCAAAGAUACGGGAUGGUGUUGGUUAUUAUGUCGAUGACGUGCUUAUAGGAGCAUCUUCUAUCUCUGAGGUUGAAGCUUCCCGCAUCUCCGUUGUACAAGCUCUUAAACGAAGAGGCUUUGACAUCAACGAGAAGAAACGUUUCCAUAAUCUGGGAACAGCACGUUCUUCUAUUGGCCACGAUGUUACUGUCAGUGAUGUUACUGGUAUGGAUGGUUUACAAAUGGCCUCGUGGCUCGGCUAUCGAUGGUUUAUUAGUCCCAACUGUGAUAAUGUGGACAUUAAACUACCAGACUUUCGUCUGCCUAGGGAAGUCCGAAUGUCGUCCCUACGAUCCAUUACAGCAAGGCUUUUCGACCCUUUGGGUCUGGUGGCGGAGGCCAGUUUGGAGAUAAAGGCCUUACUGCGACAACUACACAAUGCUGGUUUUGGUGAGGUACAUCACGGACUAGUGAAAAAUGAUGCUAUCACCGGUGAUUAUCUGCUCCGUUCUCAAGAGUGUCUACAACAGUGUGAGAAGUACUUCACUUGCUCCACAAGGAUGUUGCCUCCUCGAUAUAUUCCUAUAGAAGGUCUGGUGGUGUUUGUCGAUGCUAGUGAGUUCGCUAUGGCUGUCGAUGUCCGUUCACGUGCUAAUGGGCGACGAUUACUCUCGAGAAUAUCAACUCACCCUGGUGGUUCCAUCCCCCGACGUGAAUUGGAGUCUCUGCGUAUGGGUGUUGUUAGGAUUAGAUAA